GUAUUUUAUAAAAUUUUCAUAUAAAUCUAAGAAGCUAACACUAUUUACGACGGAUAUUAAGUAAUUUUUUUUUUGACUGGUGUAAUGUAUCAAUCACUGUAGUGUCGACAUUUUGAUAGAAUCCCAUAGCGUUUAUUGACGUCUCAGGCGGUAAGGAUAUCGACAGACCAGGGGUAAUAGGGGGCGGGACGCUGUAAAUUAGGUAUCAAUUAAACCAUAACGCCCUGUAUUUUAGCUCCCCAUAACCCUUCUGGGGGUUCGAAUUUACAUAUCUCAAUCCCAGUAGCAUUCUACUUCGCGGCUUUGAAAUUCUCAUGGUGGUGUUUAUUUUAUAACUAUUGAAGAUGGCGUAUGAGCCGCUCGCCAAUACCCAAACCGAUAUCCUGCAAAGGUUUUAGGUACGAUGGUAGACUUACCGUGAAAAGGAUACCUCGUGCCAACCCCGAGGACAUAAAGUGGCUCUUCUCCGAAGAUAAAAAUCCAGAGGAAUACAGUGAAUGGCUUACAGUAAGGUGUGCGACAUUGAUUAAGCCUUGGCUAGAUGCCCAAUUCCGGCAUUAUGGCAUGUCUUUGCGUUUGGGUUUAUGGCCUAUGGGUCAGGAAAUGCGAGCAAUCAUAAUGCAAGAAUACCUACAUAAAGAAUCUCUCAAGCCCGACUUUGAUGACGAAAGUAGGCAAUACAAACCUUUCGCAUCAGGCCAAUUCGAGGAGUUGGAAGCCGAGUGGAGAAAUCAAUGCGUAGCAUACGAGUUGUCUUGUGCCUCCGGCCGCCGGAGAGACAACUUCGAUAACUUGGCCACUUUAGAGGAGAAACUCAACUUCGACGUUGAUAUGUUCAUGAACACUUACUAUAGUAGCCGGGACACCCUUCCGGACCCAAUGCCAUUUCGUGGGAUCGAUUUCGAUUUUGUCAUGGAGGUAGUAUCUCGAGUACGUGAUUUAUAUGCUCAGAAAGCCCUCGCCAGUCGGAAAAAGCUACUCUGGAUCGGGUGGGACAAGAAAGAAGUUAAACUAACAUGUAAGGGCUUUGCAGAGAUUCGACGUCGAGAAAGAAGGAAGCACGAGGCACUCGUUCGCGAAAAGAAAUUGAAGGAGGCGUUAGGGUGGCGGCGAAGGCUACAUAUAGAAUACGUCGUAGGAGAAAAUCGUAAAGAAAGGAUUGAGGGCUGCUACAUUGCGGAAACGAUCGCUGAUGUACUUUUCCCUCACGCGGGACACAAACCAGAGAGCCACUGGAUAGAAAUCAGGGAUACGAUCCGACCUGGAAUAUACCAGAUAAUUUCCGAGUCUCUACCGGCCGACAGUGGGAUGCUAAUAAUUUCGCGGGAUUACGAUGACCUUCAUGAGGAUUCCGACUACUACUCGACAGGUGAAGACUAUUCUCUGACCGGGUCGGGACGGAAGAGGAAGCGGCAUGGCAAAGACUCUCCCAGUCUUAGGGCAAAACGUAUGCAGCUAUCAAUACCGCACAAAAUCGAGGGGCGUACCCAGUACUAUACACGUUGGCGCGACUGUCUGGCUACCGGCGCACCCUCCAUGGGAAUUCAUCAACCCAAAAACGGCGAGGGUGAAGGAUGGAUUGAAUUUUUCGAGAAAGGCAGGGCGCAAUUUUUCGCGGAAUUAAGAGCUCCGGGUCUAGUUAAUGUGGUUCGCGGUUACAAAGUGUCGGACAAGCCCCUAUUUGUCGCCGAAGAAUACCUUACGCGGCCUAGGUAGGGCAUAGGUACUACCUAGGGGGCGGUCGUGUCGUAGAUAAGCGUCUCGGGAUAUGCUGUAGGUAUCUUCGCGCGGUGAAUCAGUCAUAGACUUAUAAUGUAUAUUGUCGAAUG